UCAAAGGCAAGCGGAAACACCUGCCGGCGCACUACUUAAAAAUGUAAACGCAGGCUGCACGAUCCAGCCUUAACUAAUCUGUAGCAGCCUGUAUUGCGACAGAAGGAGGGCAGCGGAGUAAGGAAUACAUUUGAGUACCUCGAAUAUAAUAAGUGCCGAUCCAUAAUGCCGACUACAAAUGUUGCCGAAGAAAGGAUGACUAAAUUCAAAAACAAAGGCAAGGAACCUACGAAACUCCGAGAACGUAGGAUUGCUGUUUGUGUAGAACUGCGAAAAAACCACAGAAACGAGAGCAUAAUGAAGAAGCGAAAUAUAUCCACUCCUGAUGAAGUUGAGUUGAACAGCGAUAAUCUGGAGGUAAUUUCAGCGACCAUCGAGGACAUCAUCAGCAACGUCAACGGCAAAACCAAAGAAGAGCAAACGCGAGGGUGCCAGGCAGCCAGGAAGCUGCUUUCUCGGGAGAGGGACCCGCCUCUCAAAGCGAUCAUUGACGCGGGACUGCUCACGCGUUUUGUGGAGUUCCUGGGACGCGAUGACGACUCCACUCUUCAGUUCGAGGCUGCGUGGGCCCUCACUAACAUUGCUUCGGGAAACUCCUGGCACACCCAGCAGGUGGUGGAGCAUGGUGCGGUGCCCGCCUUCAUCAGUCUCCUGGGAUCCCCCCUGCUGCACAUUAGUGAGCAGGCUGUCUGGGCCCUGGGGAACAUUGCUGGUGAUGGCCCGGCAUAUCGAGAUGCUUUGAUCGACUGCAGUGUUAUCCCUGCACUGCUGUCACGUCUAACUCCAGAUGCUCCUGUGGGUUACCUUAGAAACCUGACAUGGACGAUGUCCAACCUGUGCAGGAACAAGAACCCUUUUCCUCCUUUGCCUGCAGUCCAGCAGAUUCUGCCCUCCUUGAUCCAGCUUCUGCAUCUUACUGAUAAGGAUAUCCUGUCUGAUGCCUGCUGGGCAAUCUCCUACCUCACCGACGGCGCCAACGAUCGCAUUGAUAUCGUGGUUAAAACUGGCAUUGUGCCCCGCUUGGUCGCGCUCAUGGGAUUUGGGGAGCUGUCAGUUGUGACCCCGGCCCUGCGGUCCAUUGGCAAUAUCGUGAGUGGCUCUGACUCCCAGACCCAGGUGGCCAUUGACGCCGGUGUGCUGGCUGCUCUCCCACCGCUCCUGCAGCACCAUAAGCCCAGUGUGCAGAAGGAGGCCGCGUGGGCUGUGUCCAAUAUCGCGGCCGGGCCCUGCCGACAAAUCCAGCAGCUCAUCACCUGCGGUCUGCUGCCUCCGCUCAUAGGGCUUCUGAAGAAUGGGGACUUCAAGACCCAGCGGGAGGCUGUAUGGGCCAUCACAAACUAUACCAGUGGCGGCACUGUGGAUCAGGUGGUACAGCUGGUUCAGGGUGGUGGUCUGGAAGCAAUCCUGAACCUGUUACAGGUGAAAGACUGCAAGACCAUCCUGGUUAUCCUGGAUGCCAUCAAUAACAUCUUCCUGGCUGCUGCCAAGCUGGGCGAGACUGAGAAGCUCUGUCUUCUGGUGGAGGAGUUGGGAGGACUGGACCGGAUUGAGCUCCUGCAGAACCAUGAGAAUGACACCGUCUUCCGGGCUGCUCAGGCCCUCAUUGAGAAGUAUUUUAGCGAGGACGGGGAUGAUGAAUGCCUGAAGACGGAAGCGACUGAGAGUGACUUCGUUUUUAAACCACCUGAAGUUCAGAAGCAGUUUGACUUUUAAUUCCCGUGACCUCCCUACUUUUGUAUGCUGUGUAAUAAAUAAAAAAAAAUUAAUAAAGUAUUUUGCAGUUAAGCUACAGUUUAA